AUGGAAUUCAGUCUUUCCUCCUAUGUUAACAAUUUUGACAUAGAUAAAAGCUAUGGGGUUGAGUAUUCCGAUGUUGAUUCAAAGUUGGAAUCGUUGGUUGAAUCGCUAGCUCACAACCCAGAAUCUAUUACAUCUAAUGGCGACUUGUUUGAUGAUUUAGUUGAGCUUACCCAUGGGUUUCGCACAUUGCAUCUGAAACAGCAACAGCAGCUAUCUUACCUUAUUGUCUCGUCAUUUAAUGCUGUUUGCCAACAGUUUGAUCGUAUGAUGCAAGAAGAAGAUUUUCAUGAGUCGUUGGAGCAAGUAAAAUCAACCAUGGAGAGGUACGGGUACUUGAUAUUUGUUCUAUUGAAGCAGCUAUCAAAGGAAGAUUUCCUGCAGUUGAGUGCAACCAGAUCUCAAAAAUCCUUAUCUAAAGAGUUUCUAGGGAAAUGGAAUUCAAAUUGUACUGAGGUUGAGAAUACCUUGGUUGUUGUAAAAGCCGUGUUGAAUCUCAAUUUAGGAAGGAUAUUUGUGACGACACCGGAACGUGACGCUUAUGUUGAGUUGUUCACGCGUCCAAUAAUGAAUUUAAUGGAAAGCCCUGAAAGGAUGAAGGUGGUUGGUUUAAGAAUGGUGAUUUUUGAGGACUUGUGUCUAGCAGUAACAAGGCAUGCUCAUGGCCCAUGUAUCAGGCACUCCAUUACACAGAGUCUUACUUAUUACGCCCACUUGCCACAGUAUAUGGCUAUGUUGUUGAAUAUGUUGACUGACAAAUAUGAUUACACGUUUUUGUCAGAGGAAGUCUUGAGGGAAAUUGCCCAGACAAACUUCAACUCCAAUGAUACAAAUGGGCCAAAAGCUAUUGCCGAAUUUUUAGUGAAACUUUCAGAACUAAAUCCCGUACUGAUUCUUCGUCAGAUGACAAGUAUUUCCCAGUUGUUAGCAAACACUAACCAAACCUUGCGAUGUUCAGUUGUAGAGACUUGUGGGAAUAUUGUGGUGAGUAUACUCAAAGCUCUAGACAGCCCUGUGGAAGAUCAAAAUGAAAUUAGUAUUCAUAAUGAACAACAGGUGGACAAGUUGCUUAAUUUGUUGGAAGAGCGGUUUUUGGAUCAGAAUCCAUUUGUAAGAACAAAGGCGUUUCAAGCUUUGACAAAGGUUUCAGAUUUGAAAAUAAAGCUCACCACUCGAAGACAGAAAUUUAUGCAGCUUGCUGUUCGGUCUUUAGAUGAUAGGAGCACUUUGGUGAGACGUAACGCGAUCAAAUUGAUUGGAAAGCUUAUCAUCAACCACCAAUUUCAAGGUGUACAUGGUACUCAGUUGGGCCUCACGUUUUGGAAAGAAAAGCUUGAUGAUGCUGAAAAAGAAUUAUUUAGGUAUAUCCCCACUUCUCCUCAAAAAGUAGUGGUGGAGGAGGAUGACCGCACCCCUUCGGCAGAUGAGGGUGAGGAUUCCACUUCGAAUAAAGAGGUAGAUGAAGAUAUUUCUCAAAAGAGUGCUUCACUCUUAGGCAACCCCAAUAUAGCUAAUGGUGCAGCAAUAUCAUCUGAAAAAUCUGACGAAGCUAACGAUGUGGAAAAUAACUCGACCGAACUUGAAAAUACAUAUCCAGCUGAUCAAAAUCUUCCAGAUAAAACCGUUUUGGCAAGGAUUAAGCUCAAGUUUGAUUUUUACAAAGAUGCCGUAGAUUUUAUUGAAACGAUUCACUCCAGCGUUGAUGUUGUCUCACGUUUGUUGUUUUCAAGAAACAGAAAUGAGGCCAUAGAUGCAAUGGAUUUUCUAGUUCUUGUUGAUGCUUAUGGGAUUGAGAAUUCUCAAAGUGGAAUACGGAAGAUGCUACAUCUAGUUUGGAUGAAGGGUUCUUCUGAUGAAGGUAAAUCUGUUGCAUCACACCUCAUAGAUUGUUAUAAAUCUUUGUUCAUGUCGGCUCCAACCGGUUCCAAUGCUGAAAAAGCUGCAUAUAUUUCUGGUAAUCUCAUAGAGCUAACUGUUGGUGCAAGUCUUGCAGAUUUGGCUUCAUUAGAAAAGUUACUUUGUAUGAUGUACGAAGCAAAGUAUAUCAACAGUGAUGUCAUUAAAGUGUUAUGGCAUGUUUACAAUGCAGAUGUUGAGGAAGGACAGGUUGUAAAGGAAAAAAGACGUGGUGCAAUCAAGAUCUUGGGGAUGUUGGCGCUUGAAGACAACAAAAUAGCCCAACAGGGUUUUAAUUCAAUUCUAAACAUUGGAUUAGGAGAAAAAGGCCAUGCAGACUUAGUAUUGUGUCGAUACACAUGUAUUGCAUUACAGAGAGUAUUGUCCACUGCAGAAAGAAAUUCUGCUACCCCAAAAUUGUCUGAAGAAGAUCUUGCUAUGGAAAGGCUAAUAGGCGUGCUUCUUAAAGUAUGCCAUGAUGGAGAAUGGUUUCCCACGGCCGAGCAAGCAAUAAAUACGAUUUUUAGCAUUUCGUCGGAUCCUGUAUCUGUAUGUUCUGAAGUUAUUCGACUGAAAUCGAAAGAGGUUUUUGCUUUCCCUACGGGGGAGAAGCUGAAUUGUCACUCGCUCUCGCAACUCCUUUUUAUUGUUGGGCACGUUGCUAUUUCAACGAUAGUUUUCUUGGAGAAGCUUGAAGCUCAAUUUAAAAAGAAAAAGCAUGCAGCAGAGUCAGCAAGCAACAAAAAUGAAAACUCAAAUGAAGACGCCGAGGACAACGAGUUGGAGAUGAUUGGUGGUACUUCUGAAGAUGAUUUUGCUGAUGCCGUUGUUCAUGUGAAAGAGAGGGAGCUAUUAUACGCAGACAAUUCGUUAUUAAAGGGGUUUGGAUCACUAGUGAAGAAAAUUUGCUUUUCGCCUAAGCAAUACAAAAACACCUUGUUACAACGUCAGGCUGUAUUAUGCUUGGUGAAACUCAUGUGUGUUUCAUCCAUAUACUGUGAAGAAAACUUACCACUAUUAUUAAAAAUCAUGGAAGUGUCAAAAGAUCCCGUCAUAAGAUGUAAUUGCGUGUUGGGCUUGGGUGAUCUUGCUGUGAGUUUUAACCGAUUGAUUGAUGAAAACACUGAUUUCAUAUACCGUCGGUUAACAGAUGAAAACAUAAUGGUCCAACGGACAUGUUUGAUGACAGUGACCUUUUUAAUUUUGGCAGGUCAAGUAAAGGUCAAAGGACAGUUAUCCUCAAUGGCCAAAUGUUUGGAGAAUCCAGAUCAGGGUAUAAGCGAUAUGUGUCGUCUCUUUUUUGCUGAAUUGGCAACUAAAGACAACGCUAUUUAUAAUGGAUUUAUUGAUAUAUUCGGUGGAUUAUCCUUUGACAAAUCUUUGAGCAAUGCAGAGUUCAGGCGAAUUUUGAAAUUUUUGAUUGGCUUUGUGGACAAAGAGCGACAUCAAAAACAGUUAUGUGAAAAGUUAUUAGUUAGGUUGUCUAAAGCUAAAAACCAAAAAGAGUGGAAUGAUGUUGCCUUUGCGUUAGAAACUUUUCCAUAUACAAGUGAGGCAAUCACAGCUGCUAUCAAGGAGGGGUACCAAGUUGUACAAGCUAAGGAAUAG